ACUCCUCCCUUGCUCUCACCUUCCCCAUUCCCUUCGCUGCACACUCUGUACAUCCCCAGCCCAAUGGGGGCUGUGGCCUGGUUGGCCUCUGGCACUGCCGCAGUGUGUGUGUCAUAACAAACUCCAGCCACGCUGCGUGUCGGGUUGCUGGGCCGUGGCCUCUGGUGCAGCUGCUGCUGGCCACUCUCAGACUGGCCCGUCUCUCCCAUCAGUCUGAUCCCAUCGGGCAGUUCUUGUUUCUGUCCCUGCUCGUUCUCCACAGAGAUGAGAUGGGACGAGCUCUCCCCUUGUGUUUUGUGUUUUCUAGUGGUAACAUCUAAGCAGCCUCCUCCAUGCCCCCCUGCUGCCUCCUGGUGCCCGGACGGCUGGAUCCGGAUCCAAGGGAAAUGUUACUAUUUUUCUAAGGCUGAGGAGAACUGGACCUACAGCCAGAGCUUCUGCUCGUCACACGGUGCCUCCCUGGCCGGGAUUGAGAGUCCGCAGGAGCUGGGUUCCCUGCUCCCAUACGAAGGCAAACUGGACCACUGGAUCGGCCUCUGGAAGGAUGCGGGCCAGGUCUGGAAAUGGGCCGACGGGACCGAGUUUGACCAUUGGUUUGAAAUACACGGAGGAGCAGACUGUGCGCAGCUGGAUGAAGAUUUCACUGUUGUCACAUCAAGCUGCAGCACACCAAGAAAAUGGAUCUGCAGUAAACCUGAUACCCCUGUGGGAGGGGAUUCGUGAACAAGGGAAUUGGAGACCAGCUGUGGCAAAGCCUGGUUCUAGUCCCCUCCAUGGCCCCUCCAUGCUGCAGCCUGGUUCCUUUGUUUCUUAGUCAGUCUGUCUCCAGGAUUUUAUCCAGUCCUAGUCAUCAAUUACCCUAAUGCUGCCGUUUGUGACCCUUCUCUCGGGGAGACUGGUGCAGUUUCAGGGUAACUGGAUCUCUAUCCCACCUCCAUUAGGUCAGGUCUCGAGUCUCCAGCCCGAACCCCGGUGCCCUUUACCUUGGGGUUCUGCCCCCAGCAGUACUCCCACACUCUGAUCUCCCCUCCCAGGGGAACCCCCAACCCUCUACACCCAC